AUGAACCAGCCAACAGAGCGGACUUUGACGAGGGUUUACAGUCGGGUAUUCGCACCUCUGUAUUGGAGAGCUGUGUCUGACGUGAUGACCGUCGUCAAAGUACUACCACUUGUCCUACUCAUCGUCAUUCCUGAUGUCGUCAUCGCUGCUCUAAUCCAAUGUAAAAAAUGUGAUUAUGAUUUCGAAACGGAGCAGGAGAUAUGUGGUAAAGAUUGCGCAGGCACAUUAUGUUUCUACACGGAAUAUUAUUACGAAGAACCGGAACGAGUGUUUAGUAGAAAGGGUUGUAUCAGCGGCGCUCCUCCAGCCACCCUAGGUUGUCGGAGCAAUCAGAACGGACAACUGCUGUGUAUAUGCGACACUGAUCAUUGCAACCGAGAUCAGCACAGACAGGCCAGCGAUACAAUAACUCAACUACCGUGGCAGGUAUGCAAACGGCAAAUCGUCAAUGGAAUAGACCCGCCACCACGGUGGAUGCCACCUUGUGCGGGCAACUACUGCAUUUACAAGAAGAGCAAAUUCACACACGAAAACGGUACCAAGGGCUUCUCGCUUUCGAAUGAUUGCUCCAACAGUAAUGACUUUGACAUGUUCUCCAGUCGAGUGCCCUUUCUGUUCUAUCCGGAGAGCUGCGCCCGAUUGGAGUAUGGAGGACAGCAGGACGAGACCAUGUGCUACGGUUCAAUGGUUGAUUUUCUCUCCAGAAAUCUACCGUACAUUCCUAUACGGAAGCUCUGUCAAGGGCAGUUCUGUGUAAUUUCAGCGUUGCCGCAAGGUGAUGUAUACAGAGGGUGCCUGACGAUUGAUCAAAGCAAAUCCGAACGACAAUUAGCUCCUGGCUACUAUCGUUCUUACAACGGUAUAGAACAAUGGAUAUGUGCUGCACCAAGCUGUAAUUACAAUCUACACAAGAUGGAGGAAUCGUGGCCAGAGGAACUGGCUGAAUUCAAGUUGGUUAUGUUAUAA